AAGAAGAAACGCAGCGGAAACUUGUUUUGAUUCGGGUGAAUUUCCAGGAAAAGAUAAAGAAUCUGAUCAAAGUUGGAGUUUUAGCGGCGGCUCCUGGUCUGCGAUGUAUUACUAUCGCUAUGACAACGCUGAGGUCAGCUGCUGCUACAAAUACCUGAUGUUCAGCUACAACAUCAUCUUCUGGCUCGCCGGCGCCGCCUUCAUCGCCGUCGGCUUCUGGGCCUGGAGUGAGAAGGGGAUACUGCUGGACCUGACCCAGGUGACCCGGCUGCACGGCUUUGACCCGGUGUGGCUGGUUCUGACGGUGGGAGGAAUCACCUUCACUCUGGGCUUCGCCGGCUGCGUGGGAGCUCUGAGAGAAAACAUCUGCCUGCUGAAGUUUUUCUCCGGGGUGAUUGGGUUGAUCUUCUUCCUGGAGUUGACGGCGGCCGUUUUAGCCGUGGUGUUUCAGAGUCAGGUCAGAGACUGGAUCAAUGACUUCUUCCUGCAGAACAUCCGGGCCUACCGGGACGACAUCGACCUGCAGAACCUCAUCGACUCCAUGCAGAGGAUGAACCAGUGCUGCGGGGCCCAGGACCCGGUGGACUGGGACCACAACGUUUACUUCAGCUGCAACGGCACUCACCGCAGCAGAGAGAAGUGUGGGGUUCCCUUCUCCUGCUGCAUCCCCGACCCCGCCGACACGGUGAUGAACACUCAGUGCGGCUACGACGUCAGGAAGAAACUGAAGUCAGAAUGGAGUAACCAGAUCUACACCAAGGGCUGCAUCGCCGCGCUGGAGGACUGGCUACCGGGAAACCUGUACACGGUGGCCGUGGUGUUCAUCAUCAUCUCCCUGCUGCAGAUGGUGGGGAUCUACCUGGCCAGGACUCUGAUCUCGGACAUUGAGAAAGUCAGAUUCAGCUACUAAACCUGCAGGACCAGCUAACCCGGGGUUUCUGAUGAGAUUUCUGCCAGACGUGCCUUCCUUUCUGCCUUCUCUCUCCUC